ACAUUGACAGGUCCUCCCCCCGCCCCGCCCCUCCCAUCCCUUCCUCGCAUUCCAGACGAUGCCGCGAACCUCGGGCGCCGCGGGAGAGUGAAGCCGAGACCAUGAGGGCCGUGCCGACCUGGGUAGACAAGGUGCACGACAGGGACAAGGUAGAACAAUGCAUCUAUGACUUGUGCUUCAAACCUGAUGGCUCGCAGCUCAUUGUAGCCGCAGGAAACCGUGUGCUGGUGUACGACACGACAGAUGGAGCGCUGGUGCAGCCCCUCAAGGGUCAUAAAGAAGCCGUUUACUGUGUGUGCUACAGCAAAGACGGCAAACGGUUCGCAUCAGGCAGUGCUGACAAAAGUGUCAUCAUAUGGACAUCAAAGUUAGAAGGCAUCCUCAAGUACUCCCAUAAUGAUGCAAUACAGUGCCUGGCAUACAACCCUGUGUCCCACCAGUUGGCCUCCUGUGCCCUCAGUGAUUUUGGCUUGUGGUCUCCUGAACAGAAGAGUGUACAGAAGCACAAGAGCACAAGUAGGAUCUGUUGCUGUGCUUGGACCAAUGAUGGUGUGUACAUGGCCCUCGGACUGGCCAAUGGGGUGGUGUCCAUCAGAAGCAAGGUUGGGGAAGAGAAGAUGAGAAUUGAACGUCCAGGAGGAGUAAACUCUCCCAUUUGGUCAAUUGCUUGGAAUCCCUCUAAGGAUGAGCCUGUCGAUGUUCUUUGUGUUGCUGACUGGGGCCAAAACAUCUCAUUCUACACACUCAGUGGCAAACAGGUUGGGAAGGAGAGAAUACUUGGCUUUGACCCGUGCUGUGUGAGUUACUUCAGCAAGGGGGAGUACCUGCUGGUUGGGGGCUCCAACAAGGCCUGUCUCCUUUACACCAGGGAAGGAGUCAAGCUGGGCACCAUCGGGGAACAGUCGUCUUGGGUGUGGUGCUGUGCUGCCCGUCCAGACUCCAACUUUGUGGCCAUUGGAUGCCAGGAUGGGACCAUUGCAUACUACCAAUUGAUAUUUUCCACGGUCCAUGGCCUGUACAAGGAACGCUAUGCGUUUCGAGAGAACAUGACAGAUGUCAUCAUACAGCAUCUCAUCACAGAGCAGAAAGUGAGGAUCAAGUGUCGGGAUCUUGUCAAAAAGAUUGCCAUCUACAAGCAUCGUUUGGCUGUACAACUGCCUGAGAGAAUCAUUAUCUACGAGCUGUACUCCCAGGAAGCCUCGGACAUGCACUACAGAGUGAGGGAGAAGAUAAACCAGCGGCUGGAUUGUAACUUGUUGGUUGUUUGUACGAAUCACAUUGUCCUGUGUCAGGAGAAACGGUUACAAUGUCUAAACUUUGUGGGGAACAAAGAGCGUGAGUGGCAGAUGGACUCCUUGAUCCGGUACAUCAAGGUGGUGGGCGGCCCGCCCAGCAGGGAGGGCCUUCUGCUCGGCCUCAAGAAUGGACAGGUUCUUAAGAUUUUCCUGGACAACGCCUUCCCUGUGCCUCUGCUGAAGGUCCCCUCGGCCAUCCGCUGCCUGGACCUGAGCUCCUCGCGGCAGAAGCUGGCGGUGGUGGACGAGCACAGCACACUCCUUGUCUAUGAUGUCAAGACCCUGGAGAUGGCUUUCCAGGAGCCAAAUGCCAACAGUGUUGCUUGGAACACUAGUUGUGAAGACAUGCUCUGUUUCUCUGGAAGCAACACCCUAAAUAUCAAGGCUUCUACUUUUCCAACACAUCAACAAAAAUUACAGGGCUUUGUUGUUGGGUUUAGUGGCAGCAAGAUCUUCUGUCUCCACAUCUACAGCAUGUCCACCAUUGAGGUGCCUCAGUCAGCUCCAAUGUACCAGUACCUGGAUAAGAAACUGUUCAAGGAGGCUUAUGAAAUUGCCUGCUUGGGCGUCACUGAUGGGGACUGGGAAGCACUGGCCAAAGCAGCUCUUGAGGGACUGGAGUACAACAUAGCAAAGAAAGCAUUCACACGAGUAAAGAAUCUGCGACACCUGGAGUUGAUACAUUCUAUUGAGGAUCGACGACACAAAGGAGAGAUCGACAAUAACUUCUUUUUGGCAGACAUCUUAGCGUAUGACGGCAAGUUUUCUGAGGCGGCCAAGCUGUACCGCAAAUGUGGCAAGGACCAGGCGGCCAUGAACAUGUACACAGACCUCAGGAUGUUUGAUCUGGCACAGGAAUAUCUUGGAUCAGACGAGACAGUGGACAGAAAGCAGCUGAUCAGGAAGAAGGCAGACUGGGCCCGGAACAUCAACGAGCCUCGGGCAGCGGCUGAGAUGUACCUGUCUGCCGGGGAGACUCACAAGGCGAUAGAAAUAAUGGGAGAGAAUGGAUGGGUGGACAUGUUGUUGGACGUGGGCCGCAAGACUGACAAGGCUGACAGUCAGACCCUGAACCUGUGUGCUGACCACUUGCGACGCCUCAACUCCCUCACCUAUGCUGCAGAAAUGUACAAGAAAAUGGGGGAAAUCCAGAGUGUGAUAGAGCUCUAUGUGGAGGUUCAGGACUGGGAUGAGGCGUUCAUGUGGGUGGAGAAGCACCCAGAGUUCCGACAGUUGGUCUAUGUGCCCUACGCCACAUCCCUCGCUGAACAAGACAAGUUUCUACAGGCACAGAAAGCUUUCCAUAAGGCUGGUAAACCAGAUGAGGCCUUUAGAGUCCUGGAGCAGCUCACCAUGAAUGCAGUGAAUGAAAACAGAUUUGAUGAUGCUGGUUACUACUUCUGGAUGCUGUCAAUGCAGUGUUUGGACAUAGCAGCAGAAGAAGGAGGGGACAUCAGCACCAUGAUGAACAAAUUUAGCGACUACCAGAAGAAAGCGUCCAUGUAUUAUGUUUAUCAUACUAUUCAGCGCUACAUGGACGAGCCUUUCACAGCCUACAUGCCCGAGGCGCUGUUCAACAUAUCUCGGUUCUUGAUGCACGAACUCAUGACUGCGCAGCCCACCGGCAUCUCUAAGUUCUCCACCUUGUACACCCUCUCUAAGCAGGCAAGGAAUCUUGAAGCAUACAAACUUGCUCGCUAUGUCCUGGAUAAGCUGCAAGCACUCCGCAUUCCUCAGCGAUUCCAGGAAGAUGUUGAGUUAGCAGCCCUCAAGAUCAGGGCCAAGCCUUUCCAUGACAAUGAGGAGCACCAGCCGCUGUGCUACCGCUGCUCCACCACCAACCCACUCGUCAACAACAACGGCAACCAGUGUGUUAAUUGUUGCCAUCCGUUCGUCUACUCCUUCGUGUCGUUUGAAAUUUUACCAGUUGUCGAGUUUAUGCUGGAGGAAGAAAUCUCUGAUGAGGAGGCGAUGCACCUCAUCCAGCAGUCUGGCGGGGGUGACUCUGGCAGUGAGGAUGACCCCAAACCUAAUGGUGACGAAGAGGAGGAAGAGAAUCAUUGGCGGCGGUCAGACUCCGGCAACGCCCAGGCCCUCACCCUGGAUGGCGACUCACCAGACCCUGCUGACCCAAGCGAUGAUCCAUUCACUGCUAAUUUAAUGAACUUUUAUGGAGAUGCAGACUACCAGCCAGUGACGGUGGGCAGGAAGGGCCUGGUGGCACUGGAACCUCAUGAUGUCAUCGUGUGUCGCUGGCCAAAGCCUCUUCGCUUCCAGUACUUCAAGAAUUUCAUGCCAGACAUGCCAAUCACUUUGUGUGUCCACUGUAAUAAGAUGUUCCACACGGACGACUACACUCUACAGGUCCUCCAGAAGGGUCACUGCCCCUUCUGCCGCACUCCUAUCGGGGAUAAUCCAGACAACAACAAUGAAUGACUGGAACAUUACACAUAGAAUACUGUGUGUUUUUAGUGCAAAAUAUUAUAUAUGCCAACAAGAGUAUGCACCUAUUGAAGCACAACAUUAGCCUUAGCAAAGUUCAACACAGGUGCCUCUACUCACAAAGUCUCAGAGGCAGCUACAUACCCACUUAGGAGGAAACCCCUCACAACACUCCCUGUGUCCUGGGGUAAUGGUCUCUUACCUUCCACAGGCUAAAGGGCCAAGGUGAAGGAGAUGAGUACCGAGGCCACGUUCAGCUGUAGCGUAUGCCCCCAACUUUACCUUUUACCUCACAACAGCUCCCAAACGUGUCUUACAGUCUAACAAGUGGCUGCUCCAUAUUCCCCACAGCUGAAUGUUCCUAAAUACUAAUUGAGAUCUGUUUAGUGCCAGACCAGCUACCCAAACUUUUGUCUCCGUGAAGCAGACAGUUACCAUUUCAUUCAUUCCGUAGCUAAUGAAAGUGUAUAGGAGGAUAUAAGAAAGAAAAAGAGGAAAGUAAGAGGCCCAGACAGUGAAGGACUACAUCAGGGAGUGCUGCUACAAAGGCAAAACUCUGAACCUUUUACUCAACUGAAGUGAAUUGAUGCCAACUAUCUUCUGCCACACUUGAGAAGCUCUGUCAAUAUUUUUUGUCAUAUAUAUUACACCAGAGUCAUAAUACUGAAUUACUACAGCUAUAAGUUACCAAGAAUCAUGAUUUUAAGAGUACUAUUCAACCAAAGCAGCUGAAGUGGGACAUUCACUAGAGAUUUCUUUUUAUUCCUCUUUGAACUGGAUUUCUACUCCAGUCUGUUCAUUGAAUUUGAACAGAAACCAAGAGUGACCUGACGUAAACACUUCAGACAGUAAUUAAUUGUGCCUGUGUAUGGUAAUCUUGUCUCCAUGUGUCUCACAGGUACUAUUUUCUUAAAUGCUUUCAUGAUAGGUGUAGUACAAGAUUGUGAUAUCCUGUACAGAGGCUCAUAAGUAUUGUAAUAACCUUCAACCAGAAAUUUUGUCUUAUACAGGUGGCACUUUAGAUGGCCAUGAUGCACUCUUGCCUUAUUUAAAGUAUUAGAAUGCCAUACAUUUAGGCUAGUAGAUUUAAUGUUUUACAGUUGACAUGAUCAAAUAUCUAAAAAGUUUUUAUUAUGUAUAUUCAUUGUUUAUACAUUUAUUUAUUCAAAUGGUUAAACUUUUCAUACAAGUAAUGGGAGUCUUUUGUCUCUACAUGAUGCAAUGCUAGAAUAGAAAAGGUUGUCUGAAGGAAAUAGGCAGACUGUGUCAGAGAACAGAUGUUGAUGAAAGAUUUUACUUUUUAUGCCUGUGAAGCAUUUAGUAUAGAUAGAUAAAUGGAUGAAUAGAUAGAUGGAUAAAUUAAUAGAUAGAUAGAUAGGCAGAUAAAUAGACAUACAGAAUGAGGAUUUUGACUGCAGAUAAACAAACAAAUAAAAGGUAAUUAAAGAUCCCCUGAGUUUGGUAGCAAAGACCAUAAUUUUUAUAAACUGCCAAAAGCCUGGAUCAAACUCACAACCUUUCAGUCAUGAGAGCUAAACACUGUACCUAUCAGAGCCAGUUGGCCCGUGAAACAAGCAAGAAAUGAAGGACUUUUGGGUGAAUGAAUAACUUAGGCUUGAAUCAUUCUCAGACUUUUGUAUAGUAUAAUGAAUCAGGUAAUACUUAUAAUGGAAAUGUUGAUGCCAUUUUGAUCUGUGUUACUGUAUGAGGAUCCAGUAUGUGAUCGACAAUGUAUGGAUCUGCAGUCUUCAGUUUUUUGUAAUGAUUGUUUGAGAAUUGUAAGUACAGGUUGAGAAUCCCUUAUCCGAAAUUCCUGGAACCAAAGGUGUUACGGAUUUUUAAAAAAUUCGGAUUCCAGAAUUUCGGAUAAAGGAUUCUCGACCUGUACUAGAAAUGCAGACUGGAGCACAAUGUCAUUAGAAAACCCACAUUAGGAGAAGACUGUACUCCUAAUAUUCCCAUGAGGAUCUGUAUUCUGCAGUUUGUCUAUGUAAAUGACCUUUUAUGUGAACCAAAUAUUGUUCUAGUCAAUACACUUUAUUUAACUAGUCUCUGU